AUGGUCGGAACCCAUCUCUUACCACCCAACCUACUCAAACUUUUCGCUCCACGUGCUCCCUUACCAUAUUGUAAACCAUUAGGAAGAGAUCCAGAUGUAUCGAUUCAUAAAAAACAUAUCACAUGUGUUUCUCCAUUACUAGAUCAACUUAAACUGGAUGCAGCUACGAUCAAUGAAGAUGAAACUUUAACCGAUUCUAUGCAAGUUCAAUUCGAACGUCGUCAAGAAGAUCGAAUCAAAAGGAAAGAAGAAAAAGCUUCACGACAAGAAACUUGUGGGUAUGACCCUAAAGAAGAUCCUAACGCAACUGGUGAUCCAUAUAGGACAUUAUUCAUCUCUCGAUUAUCAUUCGAAGCCACCGAAUCCGAUCUUAAAAAAGAAUUCGAUAUGUAUGGACCGAUCGAAAAACUUUUAAUCGUGAAAAAUAAACUUACAGGAAAGUCUCGAGGAUACGCUUUUAUACUCUUUGAAAGAGAAAAAGAUAUGAAGGCUGCCUACAAGGAUGCAGAAGGAUUGAAGAUCAAGGGUCGAAGGAUUCUCGUUGAUGUGGAACGGGGUCGGACCGUGAAGGGAUGGAAGCCACGUCGACUAGGUGGAGGUCUGGGAGGA